CCCGAACGCUAACAAAUCAGCCCCUCUUCCGUCGUCGUUCCCUUCUCGUUCCCCUUCCGGCUGCCGAGCGCCACGCACGCUCGACGCCACCUUCCACCGAAGCGAAUGAAUCACGCCGCUGAAGUGGAAGGAGUUCGUCCCGCGUAGCCGUCCUCCUCCUCGCCGCCUCUGCUGGACUGCGGUGGGUUGAAGAUCCAGCAGGACGUGGACUGAUUCCUUCUUUUGCUGGAAGAUCAUUGAUUUUGGUCGAACGAGAUCUAACAUGGAACCAUCCUCACAGCCUCAGCCUGUGAUGGGUGUUACUGAUGGUGGGUCACAAGGAUAUCCUGCUGCUGUCACUGCUUAUCCGCCUGCAACAAUGAUGCCUGGAGCUCCUGCUGUUGCCCCUCCUGGCUCACAGCCAACAGCAUCAGUCCCCACUAAUCCAGCUCAACUCAGUGCUCAGCACCAGCUGCUCUACCAACAAGCUCAGCAAUUCCACCAACAACUGCAGCAACAGCAACAACAGCAGCUCAGGGAGUUCUGGGCUACCCAGAUGGAUGAGAUCGAGCAGACAACUGACUUCAAGAACCACAGCUUGCCACUUGCAAGGAUAAAGAAGAUAAUGAAGGCUGAUGAGGAUGUACGAAUGAUCUCUUCUGAAGCUCCUGUUGUUUUUGCGAAGGCAUGCGAGGUAUUCAUAUUAGAGCUGACAUUGAGGUCAUGGAUGCACACUGAGGAGAACAAGCGCCGGACCUUGCAGAAGAAUGACAUUGCAGCUGCCAUCACUAGGACUGACAUAUAUGACUUCUUGGUGGACAUAAUUCCAAGGGAUGAAAUGAAAGAGGAGGGACUCGGGCUUCCAAGGGUUGGCUUACCGCCUGCUAUGGGGCUGCCGACUGAUAGCUAUCCACCAUAUUACUAUGUGCCAGCACAGCAGGUGCCAGGAUCUGGAAUGAUGCAUGGUGGUCAGCAGGGUCACCCGGUGACGUAUGUGUGGCAGCAGCCUCAGGGGCAAGAGGAAGAGCCUCCGGAAGAGCAGCAGCAGUCUUAGGUCAUAGGGUUUCCUAAUGGUAGUUUCGACUUUGGAUGCUUCUAUGCAGCAGUAGAAGAAGAUUGUGAUUUGGGACUAAUGUUAAUCAUAAAUUUUCAUUCUAACCCGAUAUUUCAAGUGCCCUUGCUUGAAUUAAGCAGUGGAAGUUCAUGUGA